AUUUUAUCAUCUCCUCAACUUUCCAAUCGCUCUCUUAAGGAUUGAUCAGUAAGCAGUAGCAGCAAAGAAGACUCGGAGCAGAAACAAACAAACAAACGCCAUGGGAAGACUCAGAGCUAAAAGCGACUACGAAGAUCUCAGAAACGCUCGCAUUUUAGAGAAUAAGGAGCGAUUGGCGUCGCUAGGGUUGAAAAAGACCGUAUCCGAACUUCAUUCCAUUAUUUCCUCUGCAAAGUCGGCAAAGAUCCACGCGAGAAAAUGUCACAAUACGCUCUCCCGGAUUUCUCUUCCUCUUCGUCGUUCCGAUCGAUUGAAGCAGAUUUCACCGGUCUCCACUCCGUUGCGUUUCCAGUUCUCCUUCCGGAGGUCCAACAGAUUGAAGGGGAAAUCAGUUCACAGUCUAAAAUUUGAGUGUAAUGAAGUGGGGGAAGAGAUUAUGAAGAGGCCUGCGAAUGCUCCUUCAGUGGAAAUCAGUGAUUUGGAACAUCGGCUUUCGCCGGACGCAUCGGCACGGAGGUGUAGUAGUAAGGGACGAGGGAGUGUUUAUGAUCCUGUUUUUGGAAUCUGCUGCCAUUUCUGCAGGCAGAAGAAACUAUGUGGUGAAGAAGAUUGCGAGAGAUGUGGUAAUUUCGAUAUGGAUAAACCAUGCAUCGGAAAAACUGAUUGCUCUGUUUGUCAUUCCUCCAAUGGUGUCUUUUGCCGAGCUUGUCUGAAGGUCAGAUAUGGCGAAGAAAUGGAAGAAGUGAUUGAGAACAAGAAAUGGAUGUGCCCUCAUUGUGUGGAGGAGAAAGGAAUCAACCCUUAUUGGAUAUGCAACAGUUCAUUGUGUUUGAAGAAGCGCAAGAUGGCUCCAACUGGGCUUGCCAUUUACAGAGCUCGGGAAAUGGGAUACGAAUCUGUUGCACAUUUGUUAAUGGAUGAGCUUAAGCGAGCAGACUUAUGCAACAGAUAAGCCAUCGUUCUCUCCGUUUUCUUCUGAUCGACUGGGGUUUGUAGUGAUGUGAAGUGAGACUGGUAACAGUAGGAGCUUUUUCUCUCUACUCUGAUAAUGUUUUACAAUCAUCAUCAAUGCUUAAAGUAAUUACAUUUCCCCAAUUUCAGUUCAA